AUGGAAGAAAAAUGGAUUAACCACUAUAGCAGCCGUCAUCAGAUGCUGCUAGUCGGUGAAGGAGAUUUCUCCUUCGCUGCCUCUUUGGCCACAGCUUUCGGCAAUGCAUCCAACAUCGUUGCAACCUCUCUCGACUCCCAAGUGAUGUUGUUGCGAAAGUAUCCGACAGAGGCAGCCAACGUGUGUUUACUUAAAGACAAGGGAUGCACGGUGAUCCAUGGUUUCACCAGGAAUGAACAAGACUCUUACCAAAUAUCGCUACACAAGGAGGUGGUAAGGGGUUUCCUGAGAAACGGACGUGAAAUGCUGACACGUAGAGGUGAGAUUCACGUGACGCAUAAAACGAGUUAUCCGUUUACGGAGUGGGGGAUUGAGGAAUUAGGACGCGAAGUCGGUUUGGUGUUAACUGAGAAGGCUGCUUUCUCCAUCAGUGAUUACCCCGGAUAUGAAAACAAGAGAGGAGGUGAAGGAAGCAGCUGUCGUAGCAGCGACACUUUUCCUGCUCGACUAAGCACAACCUUCAAGUUUGCCAAAUAA